ACUGCAGCGACAGCGACAGUGAAAUCGAAGAGUAGCCUACCAGCUUUAAACGACAACAGAACCCUUAUUUGACAUUCUCUGAUGCACAGUCCAAGUUUGUUUUACAAUAACAAUUUACCAGGACUAAUGUACGUUUUUCCAUUUGACUCAACGGCUGAGGAUAUUAGGCUAUGCCUACUGUCCACCGAUCAUGCACUGAUCACAACACACUCACAGAUUGUCGUUUAUGGCUAUAGGGACACUGAAUUUAUACUCCUCCACCUUUUCAAGAUGAAACCGUUUAUGCUGCGUGCUCCUACUGUUUUUACAGGCAUGCGCGACAUAUUCACAUGGCAUUUGUAGGCCUACCUCUUGAUUCUGCGGAGUCUGUAAAUAGACAUUUGGAUUCACUGUUAUACUUUGGACUGUGCUACUUUUGAAAGACAUACAGUAGCCUACCUCUUGGAGUUCAUAUCUAAGGGUUGAUAUCUAAAGCAUCUGAGGAUGGAUGUGAUACGUUGUGUUAGAUCCCUCAUGGAUCUGCAAGCUCAACUUCAGAGAGCUAUUGGACUACAAGAGGAGAUUCAAACUGAGGUUCUGGCUCACCUUCUUCUUCCUCGAAGCACCAGGAGGCUAAAGAUCCCAGAGGGUUUUGGAGCCAGUGAAGAUGUUGAGGCAUACUUUGCUACCUUUGAGAGAGCAGCCACUUCCCUUAAGCUUCCUCAAAAGACAUGGCGCGCGCAGGUUAUGAAGCUCCUUGGUAUGGAUUACAGCGAAGGCCAGGAUUCAUCACUACAGGAUCAUGGGUAUGAAGUUGUUAAGGACCAUUUACACAGUCAGGCAAGUGUGGCAGAACAACAGUGGCAAGUUAACUUCACUUUGGCCAAUUUUGACCCUGUGAAAGGCCCCAGGGAGUUGGGUCUGGGGCUGGACGAAGCAGCCAGGCGAUGGCUAAAGCCAGAGAGAAGGAGUGCAGAGGACGUGGUGCAACGCGUGGCUCUGCAAAAGUUUGUAACCCUCCUGCCCAGAGCUGUGAGUGAUUGGGUUGUUCAACAUAAAUGUAAGGACAUGGAGGAGGCAAUUAGUCUGGCAGAGCAGUUCCUCGGGAGGAGGACCAAUGAGGAGUAUGGGGAGAGAGAAGAAGACACUGCUGGACAGCAAUACACAGCAACAGACCCAUCAGACAAGUCUGGAGCAUCAAAUCAGUUUCGAGUAACUACAGAUAAUGCCCAGGAGGGAAAGGAGCCCAAACCAUGGACCACAGCACCAAAGGAGGAGGAAACAUCACUGAAACUCUGUCAGUCUGUCAGCUUCAAUGUGGAAGUGGAGGGAAUGGGGGAGAUUUAUCUCAAGGAGGAAGGGGGAGAAGAACAGGAAGAGUACACUCCCCACAUUGAGCAGAUGCCAGUGGAAGAGGAGGAUGACGACAUGUGCAGUGGGGAAAUUGUGAUAGAACCUCCUUCUGACAUAGGCCAGCCAUCUGUGACUACCACUAGAAGGCAACCAGGGUGGAAACCCACCUUUAGAGUGAAGAAAAUGUACUUUGGUGCAAAUGAAGCGACACUUACUAAGAGUCAUGCAUGUUCUGACUGUGGAAAGAGCUUCACCAGGCUGUUUCACCUGCGCAGGCACAAAUGCGGAUCGGCUCUUCUUGCCUGCCAGAAGUGUGAGACCACAUUCGCUUCCUCCAGCACUCAGCUGGCACAACACCGGUGCAGCCAUGACGAGUUCCACAGCUGCCCAUACUGCGUGAGGCAGUUCCGCAAAAAGUCCAACCUGCAGAACCACGUGCACAUGCACACGGGCGAGCGACGGUACCAGUGCCCGGACUGCGGGGACACGUUCACUCAGAAGCAUGUCAUGCUGGAGCACCGGAACAUUCACACGGGGCAGAGGCCAUUCGUGUGCCACGAGUGCGGGAAGGGCUUCUGCCACAGUCGCACCCUCAGCAAACACCGCCAGCUCCAUUCUGAUCUGAGGCCUUUCCUCUGCACGUUGUGUGGGAAGACGUUCAAAAUUAAAGAUGGCUUGAGAAGGCACCAAUUGGUACAUGAAAAGAAUAGCGAAAAAACUGUAGGAAUGCUUAAGUGACAUCGAAUUCAAAUAGACUAUUGGAAAUACCGGUAUGCAUACUAACUCUGCAUGCCUCUGCAGGUCUCAACAUCUAGGGAUAAAUGUGACAAACUUUAAAUUAAGAGGUAUCACAGGGGACAGGAACAUGGACCUGAAAAAUGUAUCCAGGAAAAUUAGUUAAGAGCUAUAACAAUGAAAAAGCGAUCACUCGUAGAUCACUGCUAUUAAGGUGUCAUUGUUUUCUAGUCUGCAUGGCAUAUGGUCUUAUUAAUCACUCAUGUGUAGUGCUGUGCUCACUGGCUACCAACCGAUCUUUUCCCUUCUUUACAUUAUGGCAAUUCAUAAUGUGUACUUUAAUUUGUGAUUUUGCAUUUUUUCUACCUUCAAAACACUUUCUGGACAUUCCUUGAUAUAUACUUUUUUUGUAAAACCUAAAAUAAACAUUUCUGUGUAUAUUGCCUAAUGAUUAAACAAGUUUAACUGUA